GCAGCUCCUCUGAAGGCAAGCGUCAUUUAUCAGGCUCUCACAGCCGCCUGCUCUCCUGCAAUGCCUUCAGCCCUUGACACCAACAUGAGGUUCAAGUUCUCGAUCCUGGCGCUUCUUCUGGAAGUCAUCAUCAUUGUGUUGUUUGGGAUAUUUGUGGAAUAUGACAACAGUGAUGCCUCUCAAACUUUAUACCCACUCUUUCAGGAUGUCCAUGUGAUGAUAUUUGUUGGAUUUGGUUUCCUGAUGACUUUUCUGAAGAAAUAUGGAUUCAGCAGUGUUGGUAUCAACAUGCUCAUUGCUGCCUUUGGUCUCCAGUGGGGAACGCUGAUGCAAGGAUUUUGGCACAUGAAAGGAGGGAAAAUUCAUGUUGAUGUCAAAAGCAUGAUAAAUGCAGACUUCAGUACAGCAACUGCUUUGAUUUCAUUUGGAGCAGUCCUGGGGAAAACAAGCCCUGUUCAGAUGCUGAUCCUAACAAUUCUGGAGAUCACAAUCUUUGCAUGCAAUGAACAUCUAGUUACAGAAGUACUUCAGGCCACAGAUGUUGGAGCCUCAAUGACUAUCCAUGCUUUUGGAGCUUAUUUUGGUUUGGCGGUAACCCUAGUCUUGUAUCGUCCUGGUUUGAAAAACAAACAUGAAAAUGAAGAAUCUACCUACCAUUCGGAUAUAUUUGCCAUGAUUGGUACCCUGUUCCUUUGGCUUUUUUGGCCCAGUUUUAACUCCGCCAUUGCAUCCGAAACGAUUUACCAGAUUAAAGCAAUUGUCAACACUUACUAUUCCUUGGCUGCGUGUACUGUUGUGACAUUUGCCCUCUCCAGCCUGGUGGAUCAAAGAGGCAAAUUCAGUAUGGUUCUCAUUCAAAAUGCCACCCUGGCAGGAGGAGUAGCAGUGGGUACCUGUGCUGACUUGUCCAUCCACCCUUUCGUUGCCAUGUGCAUUGGGAGCAUUGCUGGAAUCGUCUCUGUCCUUGGGUACCACUUCCUGACACCUUUGUUGGCAUCCAAGCUGAACAUUCAAGACACUUGUGGAGUUCAUAAUUUACAUGGUUUACCUGGAAUACUGGGAGGUAUCGCUGGCAUCAUAGUAACUGCAGUAAAAGAGGAAGUUAGGCAAGGUGUCCGCUUCACUCCUGGCAUGCAGGCUGCUGCCCUGGGAAGUUCAAUUGGAAUUGCACUGGCAGGCGGAGCUUUGACAGGUGGUAUUCUAAAGCUGCCCUUCUUGGGGCAAGCAUCUGACCAGAACUGCUUUGAUGACUCUGUUUAUUGGGAGGUUCCAGAAGAGGAGAAACAACAUGAAAUUCACUCCAACAACUACGAUGAGCACAGCAGAUUUGAAGCCACAAUGUAG